CUGUCUGGAAAGCCAAUGAGAAUCAUCCUAAGACGGAGCCAUCCUACAUUUGAAUCCAGUUUUCUGAGGGAGACGCGGGUGAAAGAGGGUUCUCCGUUUUUGAAAUUGGGGGAACCACGACUUCAUUUCAAAUCCAGACUCAAGCCUGAAAAGACCUCAAGGAACAUGAGAAAAUACGUUAUUGCCCUUGUGGUCAUUUUGGGGCUGAUUGGCAGUUCGCUCAACUUGGAUUUCACGUCGGAAGACAAGCUAUCUCGGGAUGGAAAAGCAUUCUCUCUUUUCCAAGUUGUCAAGUUUCAGAAUGGCCCUUGCCAAUCGGCUACUAGAAACGGAACUUGCUAUACUGCCUCGGAAUGCGUGUCAAGGAAUGGUUUCACCUCUGGAGAUUGUGCCGGUGGUUUCGGCGUUUGUUGCAUUUUUACUUUGGGCUGUGGAGAAACGACCACAGACAAUUGCACCUAUUUGUCACGAACACCCGACCCAGGCUUAAAUGAUUGCCAAUACACCAUUUGCAAGGCAUCCAACAAUGUCUGCCGCAUCCGAUUUGACUUUAUGGCCUUCGACUUGGCCUCACCUGUAUUAGGGCUAACAACUACCGUUGCCACCGACGCUGCUAUUAGCACCAAUGGUGGAGCCAUUGGUGAUUGCUUGGCGGACAAAUUUUCCAUCACGUCUCCAGGGAAUGUGGCGCCUCCUCAAAUAUGUGGCUUCAACACUGGGCAACAUAUGAUUGUGGAUGCCAGCGAAAAAUGCCACGUGGCCUCUUUUAAUUUAGAACGAACUAGUUCCACUUACGAUAUAAAGGUUACUCAAUAUCUUUGUGGAGAUGAAAUGGCGGGACCAGAUGGUUGCUUACAGUAUUUCGUGGGGAAUACUGGAACCGUUGCCAGCUUCAACUUUCCCACCCAAGCUUCAAUUGUUCCACCUGAGACUACUCAUUUGUCGAAUCAAUGCUACACAAUGUGCUUUCGACAAGAACAGGGGAAGUGCGCCAUUUGUUACCAAGCAGUUGAUGUAGCUGGCCAGGGAUCGUUUGGAUUGAGUAAGACUGUGACGGCAACUGUCACUGGUGAGAAUAACAACGAUUGUUUCAUGGACUAUCUUAUGAUUCCUGGAGCCUUAAGGGACUCUGGAGUAGUGGCCAACAACCGGAUGUUCGUGGUUGGAAACAUUCCUGACGGGCGGGAUUUCAACAACAGAAUUUGUGGACGCUUUUUCCAUUUGGCCAGUAUACGUGCUAAUAGAGUAGACAAUACGGAAUCGAUUUGCACUUCACAAAGACCAUUCCAAAUUACUUUCAAAACGGAUGACACCGAGCUUACUCUUGCCGCCGUAAACAUGCCUGAAAUGAAUGAGCAAUCCGGAAGUCCAGGGGGAAUCACGGGCUUCAAUCUUAAUUGGGCGCUUCAAGAUUGUUAGCCACCAUCGUAACCACCUUGUAAACACCUUUUUUUGAAUAAUCAUUGAAAAUGA